AUGCUCACCUCCGGCCUCACAAAUGCGCCCAUCACAAAAUCCCUCCUAAUCUACUCGAUCGCCUCGUCGAUCGCUCUCUCCCUCUUCGACAUAAAACACCUCGCCGUGAUAUUUGUAUCGCCUCAUUUCUGGCCCUAUGCCCAGUUCUGGCGUGCAUUGGUGUGGCAUGUCGCCGGCUUCACCAAUUCCACCGAGGCCCUCUUCGCCGCGAUGCUAGUAUACCAUCUGCGAGUUGUCGAACGCGCGUGGGGGAAGCGGAAGAUGGCGGGAACAGGGAAGCUGAAAAGCGUCUAUAUGACCCGGAACCCGAUUGCUGACACCAUGAUACUGCGCCAGACUUUCCUGCUCACCACAUUACCCUACACGACUCUCCUCCCGCCAGUUCUCCUCGCCCUCCUAAUCCGCCCUAUAUCCAUGAAUAACCUCAAUUACCUCCCGUCGGGCCCAACAGCAACCAUCUUCGCCCUGUUGGCGCAGUACCACGCCACUAUCCCAUACACCUACCGCUACCGCAUCGGGUCCACGUCCUCCAUCACAGACAACACCGACAACAAUACCAGCAAUGGUCCCUCCUCCGAUAACACCGCAUCGGCAACCCAACCCAAGCCCCCAUCACCAAGCUUAUCCCUCCUUCUCUCCGACAAAUCAACCACCUACAUCGUCGCUGCCCAGCUAGCCCUUUCCCAGUUCCCCGCAAUGCUCCUCCCGUCAGCGCUAGGCUGGAUUGUCGGUGUAGCCUGGCGCAGGGAGCUGCUACCGGGUCUGUCACCAGCCAGCACCGGGUUCCGGGUUCCGGCUUGGAUGGUUGGCGAGCAAGAGCGGAGGGCUGGCUCCGGGUCUGGCUCCGGGUCUGGUGGUGCGGAGGGGGAAAGGUAUGAGGAUCUACGACGGAGGUUGGAGGGUGAAGUUGCUGCUUCGGCUUCGGGGUUGGAGGGAUCUGGUGCGCAAGCCCAGCGGCGCGCGAAUGGUGCCGGUGAGGGUAGUGGGCUUGUUGAUCGGCUGCGAGGUGCUUGGUAG